GUUGGUGAAACAGCCAUUUUAUUCUGUUCCGUUAAAAACCUAGGGAAAAGAACGGUAUCCUGGCGAAAGUUACCCAACCCCAAUCCUUUAACAGUAGCCCAAUCGACAUGGGUAAAAGACAGUCGAAUUCAUGUGGAACAUGUUCCCAACAGUCAACAAUGGAACCUUAUUAUACAAAAUACAGAUUUAGAUGACGAGGGCACUUACGAAUGUCAAGUUAAUAUGAAAGGCAAAAAAUUGAAACAUCAGGUAGAACUUAAGCUUAAAGGAAUACAGAUUGUAGGGGCCAAUGAUAUAAAGAAAGGCAGUGCUAUAUACAUUGUUUGUAAUGUGACAGUGAUAGAAGACGAAACAGAAUCUGUGUUUUGGUUAAAAGAUAAACAAAGACUGGAUGUUAUAGACAGUCAUAGAAUCAUCAUCAAAAAUUCAGUGACGUAUAACUCAAAAACUAAUGACAUCAUUACGAGUAGACUGUCAAUCAAAAAUACUGAUCUUAAUGAUUCUGGGAACUAUGUGUGU